AUGCCUCCAUCAAGAAUGCCUUUCUGUGCAGGCAUCGUUCUGUCCGGCCUCGAUGAAGGAUCCUCCAUCUCGAUCGUGGUCCUCUCAUACGAAGAUGAAAAGUAUAUCAAGACGUUCAGCAUGAAAAUGGGACCUGGCUUGGACACCACUUUUCAGGAUCUCAUCGCCUUAUUUCCAGAAAACCCCCUCUAUGCGACACUUUCCUUACCGUCCUUCCUGAGCAACGAAGAGAAGAAGAUGGUCGUGUCUUCGGCAAGGUCCGCGGGACUCCAGAUAUCGCCCAGAGACUACCAGAGGGAUAAUAUUCACACCGUGCUAGCAAGAUUGGUAGAACGUGGACCAUACGACCCAAGGAACGACUUAUUAGUGGAAAUUGGACCCUCAGCCUUGGGGGCACGACUGGUUUGCACAACCGUCGAAGAGGGUAUUCUCGACUUCGUGGAAGAGGAGAAAGAUAUCUUUACUCAGGAAGCCCACACUUCACCGACGGAGGUCAUUUCACUCCUCGUCGAUCCCCUGCUUUCAAAUCUACGAGAACAUCCCACUAGCGCAGGUCGCGACAUCAAGGGUAUCAUCAUAAUCGAACCAUCUCCAACUGCCCUCAUCGACCUUCUGGCGGAUCACCUGAAGACCAAAUUCGCCAACCAACCGAUCGAAAUCAUUAAAUCUCCACCCAACUCCCUAGCUCGUUACGCAGCCGAAAUUUCACUCAAGCAGCACCGCUCCAAAAUCAAUGCAAGACAAUAUGGGUGUAUCUUCAAUGUUGCUGCCCUCCGUGUAGGAAUAGCUAAGAGCGACGGGUUCGUCGUCUCCAUAAUUCCUCGCAACCAUACCCUUCCAGCAAUCGCUAAAACCGCACAUUUUACAACGUCAGAGGACGAUCAAACCACUGCGACCGUUAAGAUUGUUUUCGGCGCUUCACCGAAGGCCCAAGACAAUCUUACCAUCGCGCAACUCCAGCUCAAGGGGCUCCCACCCCGCCCAAAGGGUGUCCCGCGCAUCAAAGUAACAGUCGAUGUUGAGCAUAUGGGAAAAACGCGUAUCGUUGUUGAAGAUGUUACUGAACAAGAUGCCGCCACCAAUUCAGUAUCUACUGAGCUGGAAGACAUCAAUGCAGCAGUGGACUCGAUCACGGACGAAUAUACAGGUGAAACCGAACCCAAGUAUCUUGAAGCCGAAACCAGUGGUAUCGAUGGUUUCACAGAAGCGGAAAACCGCUGGGUAGGCCAAGGGGUUCAAGGUGAUUUGCCACCGUAG